CCUCCGAGCCUGGCAGGAACGGCAGAGUGAGAAUCCAGAGCAGGUUCAGGAGCCGUCGAGGGAACUCUGAGUGCAGAACAACACACGCACAUUCAGGCAGAGUCGCUGCUUUAACAACAGACAAAUACAGUUAGUGAGCAGUAAGUCGUUGACUCGGCGGCGGGCUUUCUGUGUGCGGUUGUAUGAACGCUGCCAAGUGGAGCGAACUUGGGGAAAGAAACACUGAAGAACAUCUCUCCAACACUGUCUCUGGUUUAUCUGAGGGGGGCGCUCGGGAAGUCGCAACAUGCCACAUCUCAGCUCACUGUCCGUGUACUUUUUGAUGCUCCUGAGCCCAGGUAUGACAAACACCAUCACCGAGGACGUAGAGGUGUUGGUGCUGCUGCCACAGAAUAACUCCUACCUUUUUUCACACGCCAGAGUCGCGCCGGCGAUCCUUUACGCACAGCAGAGGUUGCGGACAGACGGGGGGAAGUUCUCCGGGUUCCACUUCAACAUCCACUUUGAGAACUCGGACUGUGUCAAUGAUGCUCUGUUUCUGUUAGUGGACAGGUCGUGCGGGCAGAAGCCGGAUCUGAUUCUGGGUCCGGUGUGCGAGUACGAGGCGGCGGCGGUAGUGAGGCUGGCGUCGCACUGGAACAUCCCGGUGAUCUCAGCAGGUGCCCUGGCCGCCGGCUUCGGCAACAAGAACACCGAAUACUCCCAGCUGACCCGCAUCGCCCCGUCCUACGUGAAGAUGGCAGAGACCUUCACGGCGAUGUUCGAGCACUUCACCUGGAAGAGCGCGCUGCUCGUCUAUGAGGACGACAAGCAGGAGCGGAACUGUUACUUCACUCUGGAGGGGGUCUUUCACCUGAUGGCGGACUUUAACAUUAAAGUAUACCCGUUCUUCCCAGAGGACCGACUGGACACUGACGACAUCCUCCAGAGCAUCUAUGACACUGAAGUGGUGAUCAUGUGCAUGGGAGCAGACAAGAUACGAGAGAUCAUGCUGGCUGCUCACAGACGACGGCUGACCAACGGCAGCUACAUGUUCUUUAAUGUUGAACUCUUUAACGCCUCUUCUUAUGGUAACGGCUCCUGGAGGAGAGGAGAUAAAUAUGACAGUGAUGCGAGGCAGGCCUAUGCUUCUCUGAACACGGUGACGCUGCUCCGGACAGUCAAGCCCGAGUUUGAAAACUUCUCCAUGGAAAUGAAAAAGUCCACCGAAGAAACCGGACUUCAUGACUGCAGAGACUGUGGGAGUGUCAACAUGUUUGUUGAGGGGUUCCACGAUGCCAUGAUGCUGUACUCCAUCGCCUUGCAUGAAGCCAUGAAGAGCGGGUACAGUAAGAAGAAUGGAACGGCGAUCACCUCACGCAUGUGGAACAGAACAUUUGAAGGAAUCGCAGGCCAGGUGUCCAUGGAUGAUAACGGGGACAGGAACGGAGAUUUCUCUUUGAUGUCCAUGACCAAUGUUGAGGAGGGAACCUAUGAGGUGGUGGCCAACUACUUUGGAGUAAAUGGAACUUUCCAGCUGCUGCCAGCCUUUAACACCGACCACUUCACUCUCAAAGGAAGACAUAAAGCACACGCUGAGACGCCAGACAAAUCAUGUGGGCUGGGAGUGUCAGCUCUGACUGGAGUCAUAGUGGGAGCUGUUCUGGGAACUGCGAUGCUUAUAGCGUUCUACUUUUUCAGAAAAAACUACAGGAUCACCAUCGAGCGUCGUGCACAUAGUGAAGAGGGCGACACCCGGAAGCACCGUCAGUUACGAGAGGACUCCAUCAGAUCAAACUUCUCGGCAGCGUAA